UGAGCCGCCGCCGCACUGACAGCUCCGUCUGCGGACCAUGGAGACCGGCGCCGGCCUGCACCCGCUGCGCCUGCUCGUCUGCCUGAUGCCGCUCUGUCUCUCGCUGCUUUUGGGACGCGGGCGGCCCGGGACCGCCGAGGAAGUCAUUCUCCUGGAUUCCAAAGCCUCCCAGGCUGAGCUGGGCUGGAUUGCACUGCCAAGUAAUGGGUGGGAGGAGAUCAGCGGCGUGGACGAACACGACCGUCCCAUCCGCACAUACCAAGUGUGCAACGUGCUGGAGCCCAACCAGGACAACUGGUUGCAGACGGGUUGGAUCAGCCGCGGGCGUGGGCAGCGCAUCUUCGUGGAGCUGCAGUUCACACUUCGCGACUGUAGCAGCAUCCCUGGAGCUACAGGGACCUGCAAGGAGACCUUCAACGUCUACUACCUGGAAACUGAGGCUGACCUGGGCCGCGGGCGGCUCCGCCUGGGAGGUAACCGACCCCGCAAGAUUGACACAAUUGCAGCGGACGAGAGCUUCACUCAGGGAGACCUGGGUGAACGUAAGAUGAAGCUGAACACAGAGGUGCGUGAGAUUGGCCCGCUCAGCCGGCGGGGUUUCCACCUGGCCUUCCAGGACGUGGGCGCAUGCGUGGCAUUGGUCUCUGUGCGUGUCUACUACAAGCAGUGCCGCGCCACCGUGCGGGGCCUGGCGGUGUUCCCAGCCACCGCGGCCGAGAGCGCUUUCUCUACACUGGUGGAAGUGGCUGGGACGUGCGUGGCACACUCGGAAGGGGACCCUGGCAGCCCUCCGCGCAUGCACUGUGGCGCCGAUGGCGAGUGGCUGGUGCCUGUGGGCCGCUGCAGCUGCAGUGCGGGAUUCCAGGAGCGUGGUGACAUCUGUGAAGCCUGUCCCCCAGGGUUUUACAAGGUGUCCCCGCGCCGACCCCUCUGCUCGCCGUGCCCGGAGCACAGCCGGGCCCUGGAAAACGCCUCCACGUUCUGCGUGUGCCAGGACAGCUACGCGCGCUCGCCCGCCGACCCGCCCUCGGCCUCCUGCACCCGGCCGCCGUCUGCGCCCCGGGACCUGCAGUACAGCCUGAGCCGCUCCCCGCUGGCGCUACGGCUGCGCUGGCUGCCCCCGGCCGACUCGGGCGGCCGCUCCGACGUCACCUACUCGCUGCUGUGCCUGCACUGCGGCCGCGAGGGCCCGGCGGGCGCGUGCGAGCCGUGCGGGCCGCGAGUGGCCUUCGUGCCGCGCCAGGCCGGGCUGCGGGAACGCGCCGCCACGCUGCUGCACCUGCGGCCCGGCGCGAGCUACACCGUGCGCGUGGCCGCGCUCAACGGCGUCUCCGGCCCGGCGGCCGCCGCGGGAGCCACCUACGCGCAGGUCACCGUCUCCACCGGGCCCGGGGCUCCCUGGGAGGAGGAUGAGAUCCAUAGGGACCGAGUGGAGCCCCAGAGUGUGUCCCUGUCGUGGCGGGAGCCCAUCCCCGCUGGAGUCGCUGGGGCCAACGGCACAGAGUAUGAGAUCCGAUACUACGAGAAGGGUCAAAGUGAGCAUACGUACUCCACAGUGAAGACAGGGAUGCCUACAGUCACCGUCACCAACCUCAAGCCUGCUACCCGCUACGUUUUCCAGAUCCGGGCAGCUUCCCCAGGGCCCUCCUGGGAGGCCCAGAGCUUCAACCCGAGUAUCGAAGUGCAGACCCCGGGGGAGGCCACCACAGGGUCCAGGGACCAGAGCCCCGCAGUUGUUGUCACUGUGGUAACCAUCUCAGCCCUCCUCGUCCUAGGCUCUGUGAUGAGUGUCCUGGCCAUUUGGAGGAGGCCCUGCAGCUAUGGCAAAGGAGGUGGCGACGCCCAUGAUGAAGAGGAGCUAUACUUCCACUUCAAAAUCCCAACACGUCGCACUUUCCUGGACCCCCAGAGCUGCGGGGACCCACUGCAGGCUGUGCAUCUGUUCACUAAGGAGCUGGAUGCAAAAAGUAUCACGCUGGAGAGGAGCCUUGGAGCAGGACGGUUUGGGGACCUGUGCUGCGGCUGCUUGCAGCUACCUGGCCGCCAAGAGCUGCCUGUGGCUGUACACACGCUCAGAGAUGGCUGCUCAGACUCGCAAAGGCUCAGCUUCCUGGCUGAAGCCCUCACCCUGGGCCAGUUUGACCAUAGCCACAUUGUGCGACUGGAGGGAGUUGUCACCCGAGGAAGCCCCUUGAUGAUCGUUACUGAGUACAUGGGCCAUGGGGCCCUGGACAGCUUCCUCAGGCAUCAUGAGAGGCAGCUGGUGGCUGAGCAGCUGAUGGGGCUCCUGCCUGGACUGGCAUCAGCCAUGAAGUAUCUGUCGGAGAUGGGCUACGUUCACCGGGGCCUCGCCGCCCGCCGUGUGCUGGUCAGCAGUGGCCUCAUCUGUAAGCUCUCUGGCUUUGGGCGGGGCCCCCGUGACCGAGCCGAGGCUGUCUACACCACCAUGAGUGGCCGGAGCCCAGCGCUCUGGGCUGCCCCUGAGACACUUCAGUUUGGCCACUUCAGCUCUGCCAGUGAUGUGUGGAGCUUUGGCGUCGUCAUGUGGGAAGUGAUGGCCUUUGGUGAGCGGCCCUACUGGGACAUGUCUGGCCAAGAUGUGAUCAAGGCCGUGGAAGACGGCUUCCGGCUGCCGCCCCCUAGGAACUGUCCCUCCCCUCUGCACCAACUGAUGCUUGACUGCUGGCAGAAAGACCCAGGCGAGCGGCCCAGGUUCUCCCAGAUCCACAGCAUCCUGAGCAAGAUGGUGCAGGACCCAGAACCUUCGAAGUGUGCCACAACCACCUGCCCCAGGCCUCCCACCCCGCUGGCGGACCGUGCCUUCUCCACCUUCCCCUCCUUUGGCUCCGUGGGGGCCUGGCUGGAGGCCCUGGACCUGUGCCGCUACAAGGACAGCUUCUCGGCAGCUGGCUAUGGGAGCUUGGAGGCCGUGGCUGAGAUGACCUCCCAGGACCUGAUGAACCUGGGCAUCUCCUCGGCUGAACAUCGAGAGGCCCUCCUGAGUGGGAUCAGCGCUCUGCAGGCUCGAGUGCUGCAGCUGCAGGGCCAGGGGGUGCAGGUGUGAGCACCCCCUUUCUUCCAAGGCAGGCCCAGCAGGGGCCAGACCCCAGUCCUGCCCAAGGACCAUGGCAAACUCCACUCCCCCUGGGUGGGAGCGAACACUCCCUUCCUCCCCUGGAGCCCAGAGCUGGUUUGGGGCCACAGUGUCCCCAUUUUACUGCCUGCUUCUCCCAUUUUCCCCUCUGACUUAGUGGCCGUGGAAAAGAGGUUCAAACCAUGGGGAGGAAAUUCAGGGCCUCAGGGACAGAGCUGGGGUGGAGAUGGGGAGACAGUAGAUUUUGCCUGCCCUGGCUCAUGCUCUUCUGUCUUCCAUACCCACUAGAGGUUGGGGCCUCCCCAGUGGGUGUCCCCUUUUCCCACAGACUUGUCCAGUCAGAUAGCUCUGGGCGUCCUGCCCAUGUGGGACUGUGCUGGAGGGGCAGGCUCCUUACCUGCUGUGCCCCAGCUGGCUGAGGUAUGCCUGGACACUGGUCUGAGGCCCAGGGAGGUGAAAGUGGUGCUGAGCUCAGGCCCAAGACUCAGGAGCUAACUGUGUGCUCACCAUGAGGCGGCGGUGCAGAAUGAGGGAGAGGGUCCUGGCUGGGCCGCAUGGUCCCAGGGCUCCACAAGGCUCCCCAUUUGCGUUCAUUUUAUGAACUGACUUGGAAAAGCAUGAGGGACAUGUUCUCUCCGUGGAGAUCUAAGAGCCUUGGUCUCCAGCCUGGAGAGCUGUGAGGAGGACACUCAGAAGCCGAUCUCUGACAGGGUGCUCUAACCUGCAUCGUGGGAUGGGGAAAUCAGAGCCUAUGAGACUCAGGGCCAAAAGUGAGGUUGGAACCCCAUCUAGGGAGGAGGCUGGUUCUGGGGGAAGUCCUUGGCCUUGCCAUGUGGCCCCAGCCCUCUUUUGUGAGACAUCCCAGUGGAUGCUCUAGAGGUGACUCCUACCUGCUGUGCCCCUGAGCCCCACCUCCAUAGGGCAUCUCCUCCCUCUGGCUUCUGCAGAGCCCUGGGGUUGUGGUCCUGUUGAGCUGAUUCCAGAGGUCCUUAUCCAGAAGGGCCCCGCACCAGUGGUGAUUGUGUGGCCAGGGCUGUCAUAGGAGGACAAGAAGGCUGCCGGAUGUGGUCAGGGCCAUGGAGGCAGUUUGGUCAUGUCACCCGUGACAGUUGCCUGCUCUGGUCUGGCUGUGUGGGGCUGGGGUGGGCUGGGCUGGGCUGGGCAGGGUGCAGGAGACACAGAGCCUGGCACUAGGGGCUCAGGCUGGCAGGGAGAUGAGCUCAGGCACCAAGAAGUUAUCAAGCUGCAUUCCACCAGUGGCCAGGAUCCCACAGGAGCCCUUGAGGUCAGCAAGAGGGUGGGCUGGAGGCACUGAUGGACAUGCUCUUGACGUGUAUAUUGAGGACUGUCCAGAAAGGCAUUUUAGCUGCAGCAGAAGUUAGCAGAGCCUUGGGGAGGGGGAGGUCUUUCCUUGGGGUGGGUGGAGAUCUCAGCAGGCCAAGGGAGCAGACUUAGAGCUGCAGGACAAGGGAGCUGGACAAAGGGAAUCUCAGCAGGGACUCACUGAGAAGGAGCCAAAGGGCUGAAAGGCAUAGAGCAUCUUUGGGGAGGACCUGUGAUGGAAGAUGGUCACUCCCAGCAGUACCUUUGGCCCCAUCCUGCCACCAACAGCUUCUCCUUCUUUGGAGCCCCUGGCCCCACUCCAGGCUACCCCUCCUCUGAGAUCUGCCUCAACUAAGUGGCUUUGGGGGUAAUGGGGCAAACUAAAUACUGCUUCCACCUUUGGCAGGGCUGGCGGUCUCCUGCCAGGUGCCCCUGAGUCUCUCCCUUCAUCAUCCCCCCCAGGGAAGCCUGGGGACCAGCACCCUGUCUUGGGUGGACAGAACCUCAUCCCCCUCACCAGCCACGUCAUUCUCUUAAGGUCAAAGUGCUCCCUCCCCCACCUCUUCUGUGGAGGGUUUCCAGGCUGUGUUGGAGGACUUCGGUGUCCAGGGUAGAUCUCUCCUCCACUGAGGAGUGAGGUCCAGAAUUGCUAUGGGUCUCGGGCCUUAGCCCCGUGCAGGUGCUGACCUGAUGUAGGGUGAUGGGUCUCGGGAGCCCUUUAAAGAUCUAUUUUUAUAUGGAACUUGUUCACUGGACAGAAAGAGGUGGCCUGCAACCCUCAUCGCCCCUGUCUGGGCCCAGCCAGGGAGGGAAGGGGCCUGUUGGGAGGUGACUAAUUUUGGAGAUGUUUUUAUAUUUCUUGGGUUCUAUAUGCAGGACAAAUAAAAACUUGUCUGUGAUGCUG